CGCGGCACCCGCACUCAGUGCUCUUCACAGUAUGGCCGGCGAUAUUAGCUAGCACUCACUCACGGUAUUCUCUGUAAAAGGGAAGACGGUAACUCAAGGAAAUCAACACCUGGAUUGCUUAAAGGACUGUACCUCACUAAAUUAUAACCGACCGAGGAAGGACUCAUUAAGCUGUAAACGUUACAACCGACGUUGAAUAUUUUUGUUGGCUGUCUGUUGCCUCAUGAUGGAAGAAAAUGGUGCACAUUUCUUCGAGGGGACCGAAAAGCUGCUGGAGGUGUGGUUCUCCCGGCAGGAUGAGACCAAAGGAACCGGCGACCUCCGCACCAUCCCGAGGUUUGAGUGGGACAAACUUUUGGAGAAUGUGCAUUGUUUGAUCAUAAGUGUGACAAAGACUGACAAGCAGGAAGCUUAUAUACUCAGUGAGAGUAGCAUGUUUGUCUCCAAGAGACGUUUCAUUUUGAAGACGUGUGGAACCACCCUCUUGCUGCAAGCACUGGUCCCUCUGCUGGAACUAGCCAGGGAGUACUGUGGCUUCGAUGCCAUCGAGAACUUUUUCUACUCCCGCAAGAAUUUCAUGAAGCCAACUCAUCAAGAAUUCCCUCAUCGAAACUUCCAGGAGGAAGUGGAAUUUCUCAGCCAGAUUUUCCCCAAUGGUGCAGCCUACUGUAUGGGCCGUCUGAACUCUGACUGCUGGUACCUGUUUACCCUGGACUUACCAGAGUACUGGGAAAACAAGCAUGCAGAUCAGACACUGGAAGUUCUGAUGAGUGACCUUGAUCCAGCCAUUAUGGACCAGUUCUAUAUGAAAGAUGGUGUUUCUGCAAGUGAUGUCACUCGUAUGAGUGGAAUUCGUGACCUGAUAGCAGGUUCUGUGAUCGAUGCCACAAUGUUCAACCCUUGUGGAUACUCAAUGAAUGGAAUGAAGACUGACGGAACGUACUGGACCAUCCACAUCACCCCUGAGCCAGAGUUCUCCUAUGUCAGCUUCGAAACCAACCUCUCUGCUACAUCGUACGAUGAUUUGGUGAGGAAGGUGGUGGAUGUGUUCAAGCCAGGGAAGUUUGUGACGACUCUUUUUGUCAACCAGAGCUCCAAGUGUCGCAGCGUUUUUUCUUCCGCGCAGAAACUUGAGGGGUACAAGCGCCUCGACCGCCAGUUGGCUCAGUUUAAUGAUUACAAUUUUGUCUUCACAAGUUACGCCAAGAAACACCAGCAGAACCAGCAGAGCUGAGGGUCGGGGAUGAAGAAGAGGCGCAAAAAGAAAAGCAGCUGCCGGGGGCCGCCCCCCUGCGCCUGCCCGCCUCACCCCCCCGUAGAGAGCCCGUCGUCUUCCCCCCCCUCCUCCCUCCAGCCGCUC